AUUCACUGAUCGAAUACAAUAGCGAUGGGCUCUUCAAUUGGCAUUGUGGCCGUGGAAACCCUCGUGAUGUCAACAAUAAAAGCCCAUAGGAUACAUGGAAAAGCGUAUGAAGUGCUCUCGUGCUGUAUAUUAUAGCACCUGUACAAUAUAUCCCAAUAUAUACUAGUUCGCGCAGGUAUAUAAUUAGACUAUCAACUGCAUAAUUGGUGGUAUAUCAGACUUAUUGACCGGAAUAAAUAAUCAUAACUAAAAUAUGGGAACUGGAGCCUCUGCAUCGCCCGGCUUCAGCAUCACGCCCGACUACAAGGUCCACGUCAAGACCGGCGACCGCAAAGGGGCUGGCACCGACGCCAACGUGUACAUCGCCCUGAUCAAUGACCACGGACAACGCUCGCGCGAUAUCAAACUCGACUGCCGCUUCAAGGACGACUUCGAGCGCGGCAACGUCGACACGUUCCUGGUGUCCAACCUUCCGAAUUUCGGGAAGAUCGCGACGAUCGAGCUCUGGCGGGAUGACGCUGGUCCGAAUGAUGAUUGGUAUGUCGACACGGUCGCGGUGGAUAAUGUGUCCGUGAAUGAAAGGUAUAUGUUCCCCGUGCAUCGAUGGGUGAGGGACGUCAUGAAAUUGUUCAUCAACGAGUACGAUGUCUGUCUUCCUCAAGAUGAUUACAGACCGGAACAGAGGCAGUAUGAACUGCUCAAGAAGAGGAGGUUUUAUCAGUUUGAAUGCAAAGCAGAGGGGCUGAUUCCUCAGAUCAAAGACUUUCCAGUGGACGAAUCCUUCUCAGAUGAUUACAAGUGGGAUAUUGUUAAACUAAAGGCAAAGUUGAUGCUGCAAACCAAAACCAUUCAAAUGACUACCAGAUCGUGGAAAAAGUUAGAUGAUAUCGGCGAGCUUUACACCGGGUUCCUCCCAAAGCCUUAUGGUAUGGAGAAUUGGAGAUCGGAUAAAGAGUUCGGAUAUCAGCGACUCACUGGAUGUAAUGCAACGCAUAUCCGACUGUGUACCCAAAUACCCGACAAGUUUCCAGUGACAGACGCUAUGUUACGACCUUUAUUGGAGGGCAUGACUAUUUCUGAAGCAUUGUCGAGGAAACGACUGUUCAUUUUAGACUACGAGAUUCUGCACGAUCUCCCUUGCACCAACGGCAGAAAGAUCUGCGCACCCAUGUGCCUAUUUUUCGUCAACAAACAUAGGAAUCUGAUGCCCCUUGCAAUUCAACUCCAUCAAAACCCUUCGGAAAACAAUCCGAUCUUUUUGCCAACCGAUCCCGAGUAUGUCUGGCUAAUGGCUAAGAUGUGGUUUAACAACGCAGACGCUUCUUUUCACCAAUCCACAACACAUCUCGCAUAUACCCAUCUCAUCAUCGAAUCGGUUGCCGUGGCAACGCAUCGUUGUCUUUCCCAGUCUCAUCCGAUGUUUCGUCUCCUCGCGCCUCAUUUCAUCUUCCUCAUAGCAAUCAACACGCGAGCUCUUGCCAAACUAGUCAGCGAAGGAGGAUGGGUUGAUAAAUGCAUGGCUAUCGGUCGGGUCGGCAUGUUUGAGAUUAUCCGACGAUCGUGGAGCCGCUGGUCACUACAGAAACAAGGCUCACUUGAAAAGGACCUUGCCGACAGGGGCGUCGACGACCCGGAAGUUCUUCCCAACUAUCACUACCGGGAUGAUGCUCGACUUGUGAGGAGGGCGACACACGAUUAUGUCAAAACGAUAGUCGAUCAUCACUACACCUCGGAAGAAAGAGUGACGUCAGACUUUGAGCUUCAACACUGGGGAAAGACGCUGUGUUCAUGCUGCAAAAUGAAGGGAGUGCCGAACGGCGGAGCAUUUUCGACGGCAGACGAGGUAACGGAGAUUAUGACCAACUUUAUCUUUAUUAGCAGCGUUGGGCACGCUGCAUCAAAUUUUUCGCAGUACGACGAGUAUGGUUUCCCGCCAAAUUACCCAUCAUUUUUGUUCGGUGAUCCACCAAGAGAUAAGACCGAGCUGACAGAGAAAGACAUCCUGGCACAGAUGCCUCCCAAAGACAUGGCAUUGAGCAUCAUGUUGGUGACCAAGCUACUCAGUGAUCGGGGCACCAAUGGACUAGGAGACUUUGAAGUACAGUAUCUACAUGACACCGUCAGUCUUCAAGCAUUGAAGCAGUUCAAAGCAGACUUGCUUAGAGUGGGCGCCAUCAUCGAUGAAAGGAAUGAAACGAGAGAGGAGAAAUACACAUACCUUAAUCCCAAGGAGAUCCCUAAUGCAAUCAGUAUCUAAACUAGACAGUUCAUGACAGAGGGUCCACUAUUUUGUGUUUUGUCAAGUAGCAUAAUUAUGAUAAGCCAGUUCAUGGUUAGCUCAUGAUCGACUUCCUUCAAAUGACCUUUCCUGUUUUUCACUAUGUCCCAGUAGAAAGUAUUAAGACUUUCAAAUGUAGAUUUUGCACAAGCUUUCCAUCAUGUGGUAUUCAAAUUGUAUGUAUUUAUUAAUAUAGUGAAGGUAAAGUAAAACCUUUUUCAAUUUUCUGAGAAAAUGACAUUUCAUUGAUUUUUCACCAUACGAUAUGUAAGAAAGCUGCCUGCAUAUGAUGUCACAAUUCAAAUAAUUAAAAUUCUAAACAAUUGAAAAUCUAAAGAGGGUAGCCCAAUCACUAGUUUUUACAAUAAACUUUUUGUCAGGGUGAACUUCCCCUUCAAUAAUGACUUUCCCCACCAAAAGGAACUCAUAAUUUAAUCAGGUUUUAAACGAAUAAAUUCAUGUGCAAGUUUUAUUUAGUUUUAUGCAGGCACCAAUGUAUUUGUUUUGUAAUACCAAUGAAUUACCCCGAAGUGAACUAUUAACUACAAAGAUAGUUGACCCAUUAACAAGACAAAUAAAAAAACCAGCAAUAAAUGUAAAUGUGUUAAAAAGAUAUUUGACAAGAUCUUUAUGGAUUUCUGGCUCGAAUCCUAAUUAACUUCUUCCUUUCAUUGCAAUUUCACAGUGUAAGUUUGGUUGAUGCAUCUUUAUAAAUAUCUUUAUUUUUUAAUUUUCUAAACAGGGUAGCCCCAUCACUUAGUAAUACUGGUCACAUUUCAGAUAGCUGCAUGUGCAGUAUGUUGAGAAUCUUCUUUAUAUUGCAAAAUAGAAGAGAAUACCAUGGGACUAAAUGAGAAUAGUGUAACCUGGGCCCCGUCUUUCAAAGAGUUACGAUUGACCCAAUCAAUCUCAACUCUAUGGAAAUCCAUCCAUGCCAUAAUUUUUUCUACAGGAAAUUAGUAAAAAAAAGAGAAUCAUACUGAAUCUUCAAGAGAAUGAUGAAUGUGUGAAUAAACAUAUCUAGAAAAUAUUUUGAACAAAUUUGCAUUUUUAGAUGUUGACGUUGCUGGCCGUCCAUAGUUGUGAUUGAUCGAUCAAUUGCAACUCUUUGUAAGAUGGGGCCCUGAUCAAAUAAUUUUCUUUUUUGCUUUAGAUGUACAUGGGCAAGGAUUGUAUUCAAUGGCUUUCAUGUAUGAAAAUAAUACAGUACAUGUAGUAUUCAUUUUGUCUGUUUUGCAAUGUGUUGAAAUAUUUUUAUAUGCAAAUGAAAAGUCAAAUAAACUUUCCUUACAGAAA